ACUUAGAACUAGCCUCUUCUUAUAAGGAGGGGUAGAUGUAGGUAAAGGGCAGCAUCUCCCGCUAUUCUCGGCAGUCAUCUCACCUCGUACUUUCCUCUUUAUCAUCUUUCCGUUCCUUAACAUGGCGGACGACAAAGUUCAAACGUUCGACAUCCCUAAGACGUGCAAGGCAGGCGUCGUGGUCAAUGAGGGGCCGGAUUUCCACGUCGAGGUUCAAGAUGUCCCGGUUCCUGAGAUUGGAUCAACCGAUGUCCUAAUAAAACUCAAUGCGACCGGCAUCUGCCACAGCGAUAUCCACUUCAUGUUGAACGAUUGGGCGCUACCCAAGAUGUCGGUGUUUGGUACCAAGUGCGCAGGGCACGAAGGCGCAGGAGUCAUCGUCAAGGUUGGCGACGCGGUCAAGACACUGAAGCCAGGCAUGCGGGCUGGGUUCAAGCCCGUUCAAGAUACAUGCGGCGCAUGUGAACUCUGCCGAGGCGGUCUAGAAUGCUACUGUGCAAAGGCUGUAACUACUGGUUUGAUGGUCGACGGAUCGUACAAGCAGUACGUCGUCUCUCCUGAGAGGUACACGACUCUUAUUCCGGAUGGAGUGCACGAUUUUGUUGCAGGGCCCAUCAUGUGCGCUGCGUCAACGAUCUACACCUCAAUCAAGGAGUCUGGACUACGACCUGGCGACUGGGCGGUCUUUCCAGGAGCGGGUGGUGGCGUAGGACUGCAGGGCGUUCAGCUCGCAAAGGCCAUGGGCCUCCGCGCUGUAGCUGUCGACACCGGUGAAAGUAAGAGGAAGCUCUGCAUCGAAACAGGUGGUGCAGAAGAAUUCAUCGAUUUCAAGAAAGUCGACAACGUUGCUGAGGAGAUUGCUCGGAUUUGCGACGGCAUCGGUGCACACGGCGUCUUCGUUACCGCCGUACAGUCAUAUCCAUCUGCUCUGUCGUACCUCGGCGGGCGUGUCGGCGGAAAGGUGAUGUGCAUUGGCUUGCCGCCAGCCGGUACGCUGACCAUGACUGUCGACCCGAGCAUGAUGUGCUUUAGGAAGCAGAGCGUGCGGGGCACGCUUGUGAGUAGUAUGGCAGACGUGGACAAGACCUUGGAGUUUGCAAAGAGAGGCUUGUUGAAGCCUAUCUACACGGUCUAUCCACUGAGCCAAUUUAACGAAGCUGUGCAGAAGCUUAGGAGAGGUGAGAUCGCGGGAAGGGCGGUUAUCGACUUCAAUCAGGAGUAGGCACUCAAAAGGCAGUAGAAGCUAGCGGUUGUGUAAUUCAUACUUCGAAG